AUGGCAUCACCUGUUAUUCGAUCGGGUCGGGUCGGCCAAACCAAGUCUAGAACAGGUUGCGAUACUUGCAAGUCACGUCGCGUCCGAUGUGGAGAAGAGAAGCCGCAUUGCUUGAAGUGCACUAGUACUGGUCGCAAAUGCUCUUAUACCUCAAAACUUUCACCACAAAGACAUGGGCCACCUGGGUCACCGCCGUGUCAACUCACUCUAUUUUCUCAUCAAGGAUGGCGAGAACGCCGCGCAUUUGAAUUUUACUUCCAUCAAGCUGGCCCAGCGCUUUCUGGUGUCCUUGACGUUGCGUUUUGGAGAGGCUCCGUCUUACAGAUCUGUCGUAUGGAGCCGGCAAUCUGGGAUGCUAUUAUCGCUCUGAGCUCGCUCUAUGAGCGACCCCCAAUCCACGAUGCCUCACCCUUUCGGUUGAUUAAUAAUCCCGCUGAAGUAGAGCAUUCCUAUCACCGCGAAGCACUUGUUUGGUAUUCGCGUUCGUUAGCUGCUGUGCAGCGGCGGAUAGAUCAAGGCGUGGCUGAUCUGACAGUUGCGCUUAUAAGCUGCAUCUUGUUCAUUGCUAUCGAGUUAUUGCAGGGCAAUCGUCCAGCUGCCUUGGACCUAACCAGACAAGGUAUGCAAAUGAUAGUGACUGCAAUGACAUACACGCGGUCAAGUUCCAAAAAUAGGGGCUCUAUCAAUCGCGCAAUGUUAACAUCGGUCAUUAAGCCCAUUUUUCAACGAUUGGAUACUUGGGCUUUGAUAACUAGUGGCACUUCCAGCAACUUUAACUGGCAGUUUGAAUACUUGAACUCAAAUGCUCAAUUGACAUCACACGAUGAAGCCCGAAAUGUUCUCAGUGGGAUUGUCGCGGAGAUGAAAAUCUUUAAUAUUGACACCAAGCGACAUUGGACAUUAUCAGCGGGCACGCGUUUGCGAGAUAUCCAAGCCCUUUGGACAAAACAGGGAAAACUGAAAGAUGCCCUUGAUCAGUGGUAUCGAUCUUUUACGUCCCUAGUCGCCUCGGAUCAGGACCCAAGUGGAACUGGCGGUGCAUCACUUCUGCUCAUGACAUAUUUUAGUGUUUUGAUCGAGAUUCAAACAUGUCUUGAUCCCGACCAAUCUUCAUAUGACAAUUUUGAAGCCGAAUUCACGCAGAUUAUCAACCACGCAUCUGAGGCGAUUUCUGCCACAAGAAAUCCAGAAGGCCACCAGCCGGCUUUCACUUUCGAAAUGGGAGUCUUUCUACCGCUCUUUAUCACUGCUCUGAAGUGUCGGUUCCCUAGACUCCGUCGUCAGGCUUUAUCCCUCUUGAAUGAGGCUCCACCGGCGCAGGGGUUAUUCAUGUGUAGACCGGCAGCUCACGCGGUCGCGGUUCUCGUGGUUCUUGAGGAAGAUCCUAGUAUGGCCAAUGAUGUUUUGGGGGUAAGCGAAGUACUUAUCAGGCCCGGAUGUAUCCCACCUGUGCGAAAUCGGAUUUGGGAAUUCAAUAUAUCUUCUAAUGUGGACUUGCGAGGAAGAACCCAGAACUGGCUUCAUUAUAGUCUUCGGGACUUUGACCAAGACGAGAUUCGAUUUUCUCAAAAUGCUAUGCUCUUUCCUGGGGCUCAGCCUUAA